UGCAGCCGGUUACGCCCAAGUCACGUGACACAGAUUCCAUUCGCACGCGUGUUUCCUCGAGCAGCGUCCGUCAACUCGAGCUCUGUCCGUACGGAGGUGAACAUGGCCGAGGUGUCGGAGAGGACGUUACAGGUCGCUUUAGUCGUUUCGUUUGCGGCUGGUUUCAUCGCCGGUUGGCAGGCAAACAGAAUGCGAAGAAGGUUCUUGGACUGGCGGAAAAAGAGGUUACAAGACAAGCUCGCAGAAACACAGAAGAAGCUAGACCUGUCAUGACAUAUUACGAAGUCGACCUGCUCUUUUACUUUCUAGUGCCUCAGUCAUCGGUCAAUACUAACGUAGUAUUCCUGACUUCACAAACAGAACGAGGAGUCUAUCAGCCCCUCUCCAGCUCUCAGCAGGAUCGGGCUUUCAACCUUGGAUCAAAGACACAAUCUUCAGGCUGGAGUAAUGCAAUACAACUUCCCCAAAGACUGUACACACAGCAGAAUGUUGAAUUCUAUAAAAAUCCGUCUGUGCUUUUCCUUUUCUCUGUCAUUUAUAAUAAAUUGAAAUAUUUUAUUAA